GUCAAGAUAUCAAUGCUGAAAACGCAUCAUCAUCAACAACGUCAAACGCUACAAACGCGACAACAACAUCGCAAGUUCCACGCAGUGGUUUACCGCCGUUUCCUCCCUUUAAUCCACACCAAGAUACAGCAACAGUGGGUCAAAGAUGGACUAAAUGCGUUCGUCGUUUCGAAAACUUGCUUAUAAGUCUUCGUGAGUUUGAUUCAACCGUUAGGAGAGGUUUAUUGUUAACCUAUGUAGGCGAGUCAGCCAACGACAUUUUCGAUAUUCUCCCCGACACUGGCACAACUUAUCAAGAAGCGAUCGAUUGUUUCACCCAACACUUCGUGCCACAAGGAAAUACAGACAUGGCUAUAUUCGAUUUUCGAGAGCUAAAGCAAGGAUGA